AUGGCGGGCGGCAGAGCGGGGCCCCGGCGGCGGCCGAUGAGCUUGGCCGAGGCGGGCCCGGGCACGGAGAACGAGCGGCUGGGGUUGGUCCGGCUCAGCAUGCUGCGGAACCCGCUCAUCAUCAAGCCAGAACUGGGGAAGCCGAUGAGAAACUGCUACUCCCUUCCAGGGCCUGAUUUUACCUAUGGGAUGUACAUGCACAGGAGAGAUGGAGGAGUCCCUGAAGCCAUAGGCCACUGGGAUUCAGUGAAGGCCAAGCCUCAUAAAAGGGUCAUGCCCCGAGACUUUGUGACCAUGGGCCGUAAGGCUGUGGAUGAAGGCUGCACCACAGCCCGUGAGUUUGCUCUGUACUACAAGUUCAUGAACAUCCGCUGCAAAGAUAAGGAGAUCCUCAGAUAUGGCUGCAAGGUCCCUCCAGACAUGACUUUUGGCAGGCCACCACGGCCUUCCACACCCUUUUUUGACCUCAUGCAACACAGAUACAAGGAACUGUGGAUGGAGCAACAGAGAGCCCGGACUGUAGUCCAGCACAUGGUGAAGAAAAAGACUGGUGAAGUGCGUGAGAACCGCACCACGUUCCUGCGCACGCACCCGCUGCCCGUGAAGGAGGAGUCCUUCUGGCACCCGCAGCGCUUUGAGAAGCUGCUUGAGUGUUGA